AUAGUAAUAUGACAUCAACACAUGUUGAUUUUCCUCGUCUGGAGUUAAGGAUAAAACUGUUUUUGUGUCAUAUGAGUUUCAAUGUAUCGUAUGUAAUAAGGGUUGCGCGUUUUUACAAUGAUUUUUAAAUAUAUUUUGGUGUUCGUAAUGUUGUUUUGUAUCUUAGGGCUGGAUGCAAAGUUAAAUUCACCACCGCACUGUACUCAAGUCACCAAGGAUUCGGAUUAUAUAUCCCGUUAUAAAAUGGAUUAUCCCGUGGCGUACAUCCAUCCAGGGCAAAAGGAAGCCUUCCAGAAGCUGUUCUGCAUUGACCCUGCGGCGGUAAACAAGGGCGUGGCCUUGGUGUGCGACUGGGCUGCUCCUCCGCAGGUGCAGUUCACGAUGGGAGACGAGUACAUGCAUGUGGUACGACAGGACCCCGCUGGCCAAUAUCCUGGCAACGCCGUCAUUAAAACAUACCAGAUCUGCAACCAUACCACACACCUUUACCGUCAGUCUGACAUAGUUGUCACUGAAACUGAUGGUUUUGAAUAAAAUGUAUCAUUAUUAUAAGAUAUUCCUCUUUUUUAUCUUAUAUUGAAGUUAAUGAAAUUUAACGUGAUUAAAAUAUUGUUGAGAC